AUAAAUAAACUGUAAUCGGUUUUCUCAUCUGCUUUUCCUUUCAGCCGAUUUUUCCGGAGGCCCUCUUUACUAGUUUCUUUCUCAAUCUCCCUCUGCACCGAACAUCCGUAGGUACCUCAAAAACCCUUUUUAUUUUAUUUUUCUCUCUGUUAUGUUCAUACAUAAGGAUAUAUUUACAGAUUCAGACGUAUAUAUGUUUAUGAGGCUUGGGUUUUCUUAUCUGAAUACUUUAUUGGUGAAUUGCCGAGUAAAGUAAAAUCUUGCAUCUGGGUUUUCUGAUUUUGAUGUUUAUAUGCCAAAAUUAGGCUAAAGCGCAUAUAUUCUUUAUGGAGGUGGUGGUGGAAUAUAUGCAACAUAUAUGGCCUUUUUCUGCAUUUAUAAUCAAUAAUUAUUUAAGAGCAUCAGAUGGAAUUGUGAAAAAAUUACCGGUGCCUGAAAGUACGAAGCAGUUUGUUUACGCUAUCCGUGAGCCUGAAUCAGAGUCUAUUAUCUAUAUACUGUCUGUUCAGAAAUUAUCAGAAAGGUCAGCUUCGGAUGCUGAUUGUCUCAUAAGAGCGAUUAAGCCUGAUGCUGUUGUUGUUCAUGUGGGAAAUUUUAAUGAUUCGGACAUUAUUGACUUGCAGAAUGGUAGAAUUUGGUCAACGAACGACAGCAUUAGCGAGAGUAGAGAAAAUGGUAAUAGUGUUGAUGAGUAUACUGUACCGACAUCAUCAUUUGAAGUGUUGAAAAGGUGUUUUGUGCAUAAGACUAAUAGGGAGAAGUAUGAGAAAGUGGCUGGGAGUUUAUUUUUGAAGGAAGUUUUUGGGGUGAGUUUUAAUGCUCAUUUUAUGGCUGCCAAGAAGGCUGCUGAGGAAGUUGGUUCUUCCUUACUUAUGCUUGAGUCCCCUUUCAUGAAUUGCUUCAUAGACGGAGAUAGUGAAUGUGAUUCAGACACAGGGGUAGAGCAGGUGGUGGAAUCAGGAAAUGGAUUUCGAGGUGCUUUUGGUUUUCAGCCAAGUUAUUUGGUUCCUGGAAGAAAUAUGGUUUCUGUGAGGUCGAGGGGUUUUUAUAUUACAAAUGAUGUUCAAUCUCAAAUGGUGAAGUGGCUAUCUACAUAUUUGGUUCAGUCAAGUACCAUUUCGAAACUCGGCAGUGAAGAUGUUAGGCCUCUUGUUGAUUAUGAGGCUCCACAGUUUGCAAAAUCUGUCUAUCCGUUGCUUGUUGAUUUGCAUGACAUAUUUGUUGACAUCCCCUCUAUGGGAAGGGCUCUGGCUUGUGCUCAGAAAAUUCUUAGUGAUGUUAACAAGGGAGAAAUUGUUGGUUCCCAGCUCCUAUCUGAAUUGUACUUAUUCCGUGUUGCAGUUGAGGGGCUGAGAAUGGCCUUGAAUAAUGCCGGCCGGAUUCCUUUGAGCAAAAUAGGAGACCCCAUGUUGGCUAACACAAAGUUCUGCGAUCUCCCUGUAGAGGAUCAGUCACAUGCCAUUCUUGCACAGGCUCUUCAAAGCCCAACUAAGAAGUUCAAAUCAAUAGUUGCGGUAGUUGAUGCUAGUACCUUAGCUGGACUAAGGAAACACUGGAACACCCCUGUUCCUCCAGAGGUUAAAAAUACAGUUGAAGAGCUUAUAACUGACUGUGGAGAUAAUGAGGAAAUCCCACACCGUUGUAAGCGCUUGUUGGCUGAUAAACCUGUGGUGGCAGUUGGGGCUGGUGCAACAGCAGUAUUUGGUGUCUCUUCCCUCUCUAAAGUCAUUCCAGCUUCAACUUUUAUCAAAAUUGCAACCUUCCACAUCCCAACUUCACUAAAACUUAUCUUGACUCAAACACAAAAGGCCAUUUUUUUGGCGCUUGGAAAGGGUCUUGGUCCAGCAAAAGUGGUAGCCCCAGGAUUGGGAAGUUCUGCACUGAAAAGUUCUACCCUGAAGGCUGCUUUGUCUGCUGAGAAAAUCCGUGCCAUAUCUCACAGUGUUAUAGCAUCCGCAGAGAAAACUAGUCUUUCUGCCAUGAGAACAGCUUUUUAUGAAAUAAUGAGGAAACGCCGAGUCAGAUCCAUUGGAGCUUUGCCCUGGGCUACCUUUGGAUGUAGUAUUGCUACUUGCACAGGCUUGCUAGUUUAUGGAGAUGGAAUUGAAUGUGCUGCAGAGUCAUUUCCUGUGGCUCCAUCAAUUGCUAGUUUGGGUCGUGGAAUCAAAAGUUUACACCAGGCAUCUGAGGCUGUCAGGCAAGUUGAGAGCUCGAGGCUACAAAAAUCAAUAGAGUCUCUCCUGUACAGAUUUAAGAAUGCAAAAAUUCAAUAAUAUGACGGAUGAAAGCAGGUUAAGGAGAAAAUGAAGGGAAUUUGUAUGUUUUGUUUCCUUUAAUUUUCCCAUAUUUUCUAGAUCUGAAAAAUCUAUAGGAGUUUGGAGUUUUGUUUAGGUUAGCAGGGCUGGAGAGACAGUAGCCAUUUUGAUUCUUCAUUGUGGGUUUCAUUUUCACUGAAGGAAGCCGGUAAAUAAGCAGGAUCAGGUUGUGAUUUAAUUUUUUUCUUUUGCUUCUUCUCCACCACAAUAAAAUCCCUAUUCUCUUAUCAUCAUGGUGAAACAAGAAAUUAUACUGUUCUUUCAUCUAGUCCCUUUUCAAGUAAUUUCUUGUUUGUUGGAAUAGAGAGUGGACUAGGUUACAAGAACGCUUGUACACUGACAUUCAUGUGUAGAAGAGAAUGGAGGAUGGUACCUGUUGAGGAUGGAAGAAUAUUUUUGAAGCGAAGCCUGGGCAGGAAAAGAACAAAGUCAGCGAUGUGAUUGGUUGGAAUAUUUCGUUAGGGAUGUGAUCGGGUUCUGGUAUUCUGUCAGUGGGAAAAGAGGAGGAAGAGAGAACGAGAGAGAAGACUGAGGCGCUGUAUGGUAAGAUAUCUCAAGUCUCCAUCGAAGGUUAGAAUCAAGUUUGCUGUGAAGUAGUGUUCUAAGAAUGAGAAGUGUGUGUCAACUUGAUAUGAUGCAUCUUGUUGCCUGAAAUUGUAUCAACAUUGACCGAUUCCUAGGGUCGAAUUCUUGAUAGUCGUGCCUUUCCCGAGGUCCCGGUAUCUGUCUUGUCCACUGGGGACAAGGAAGUGGAGCUAGACAAAAACGGCCACCUAAUGCCGUUAUAGUCCAGCUUUAAUCUCACUGGGUGACC